UCAAAGCGAACCGCUCACCAUGGCGCAACCAGGCUCCAACCCGACGUCUCUGCCCCCCAACAUCGACGUCUCUAACGUCAACCCAGAGCUUCUUCGAAGUAUGAUGGACUGUGUGGACACGUCGCUGUUCUCCCCCGCGCAACUGGCCAAUUGGACGCAUAUGAAGGCGCGACUCACGUCCGCAGUGGAGCACCAGACGCCCGUGUCGCUCUCAACCGGAGACUUGGCCAUGGUUAAGACGGAAUUUGCACGCAAUGAGGACUUCCGCCAGCCUCUACAUCGCGAGGCCAGUAUCCAGGACGUCCUGGCUUGUCUUUUGGACCAACAGCCGCCCUCGCAACGCUUGAUGAGCUCGCAGAACGCAGGCGGCAGCUUCCUCGUGAGCUCCGAGAACGCCAAGCCAGAAGUAGACAGUAAACCGUCUCUCAAGAAGCUGCUGAGCUCCAACGACUUCUCUAUGACGGAGAAGAAGGAGAGUCUACGACACUUACUGAGCUUCAUUGACAAUUCGUUCGCUAGCAACACGCCAGAACCUUUGACGCAAGUCUACAAAGACUGUGAGGCCGGUACGCUACAGAGACUGUCGAGUCUGCAGCUGAUGCGGAGUUUCAUGCCACCGAAUCCUCAGAAUGCGGGAAAUACCCAAAUUAACGGAGGGAUGGGCACUCGCACCACGAGUUUCGAGAUCAUCCAAGCCAUGCUCAACGCCACGUCCAACCAGGCGAUUCAGAAACCCAUGACGAGUCAGGACAGUUUCAGAUUCCAACAUCUAGCCAGAACUCUCGAGUGGAUAAUCUGGACAAUCUACUGGACUACCAUGGCUCGAACGGCACGUCAACCGCACCGACCAGUGCGUCAGCGUCGUCGCAACCUCAGUCGGCGGGUUUUGUGGACACACAGACGCUACUGA